AGAGCAAAAGCUGACAACCAAGCUUCUCCGUCUAUCAGCACAACUGUGUCGAUGAAAAACUCUGCAUGUCACACCGGACUGUCUUCAGUUGGAAACCUGAACCGUCGAACUCAGGUGAUGCACCUUUUAUUACAAUCUUUAGCCAGCAGCCGGUGCAAAAACUGUAUGCAGAGAAAUCGUUCUGCAAUUAGAUCUACCUUGUAUCAAAAAGACAGUCGGGAAAUAUCUUUCAAAGAAUCUCCGUGCCUCAAAGCAUGACUCUCGAGUAGCAGUCCAUCCCGAGUGUUGGUAGCACGUUUCGUGCCACUCAUAUCAGAUACACAGUUUGCGAGCAUUCCUUCGUUUAUCAGUUCACCUAAUGACACUACUCAUGAAGAUCUGCGCGGAACUAGCUCCACUAAGCCUGGCUUGUAGGAAAACGCAUUGCAGAACAUUGACAGCACUACGUGUAAAAUGCACAGCCUCGGAAGUGUCGUCCAUUAGCACAUGCUUGAGGAAUACCCUCUGUAUACAUAAUGAUCAUGGGAUGAUUCAAAGCUUUCGAGUAGGAGAGUCUCGAUCAGGCUAAUGGACUGAAAACUGGUAAACGUUACGGUAUAACAUCUCUUUGUCAACUCAUGACUCGCAUCAGUAGCUUUGGAAUGUCAAAGACUGCUCAUGCAGAUGGUCCAGAGCUGAGGGUAGUAGUUGCAGUGGUCACGUCUUUGUACCGUCAUCCAUCAUAGCUAACCAGGUUGGACAAGCACGCUGUGCUCUCUCUGUCUCUCUCUCAACCCCUUCAUAGUCGAUCAACUUUUGAGCAACGAUCUUUGCUUCGCACAAGAGCCAGGACUCGGACCAAUGAAAGCCACCGAAAAAGGUGUCUUUGCAAAGAGUGGUGUCGGACAAUCAAUCAAUCGGACAUCUCACGUUGCUGGGGAGAUACGAUCGAGGGGAGAAGGGGGAGGAGAAAAGGCUGAAACUGGACGCAGUCGAGAGUAUGAUAUCCAGACGUUACAUUGUCGUCGCAGCACAAGCGUAGAAGAGGGCGCUUUUAAGGACACAAGAUCACCAGAGGCCAGGUCGAUCCAGAAUGAGGGAAUGAAGAAGAAGCAUUUCAUCGAUGGUAGCCUCCGUAGGUAGGCCUUUCUUUGAUUCAUAGGAUGUCUGCACAGGGGCACAUAGUACCCAGGACGAGGCCUUAGGUGAAUGAAUUAUGGUGUCCUGCACGCGUUUCUGCUGUUCUGGCAGAGGUGGCCACGGCAUCUGGGACCAGACUCACAGAUUUGUCACAAUUCCAGACGAGUGAUUGCCCUCGAGUUCAGGGUGGGGCCCCAGAUCGUCAGAAGUAUUUCGCUAACGCGACAAUUCCCCAUCCCUGACCUUCCGAAACUCGAGACUCGCUCUUCCACCAACGUCAAGAAAGAUGUACACAGAUGUACCGCAAGCAGUACACAGUGGAGAGCAAGAGGGAGAGAAAGAGAGAGAAUGUGCAGCCCUGAUGAAUACUACAAAAGAUGGCAUGAAGCGACCGACGGGUCUCCGUCGCUUCUUCCGCUGCUAAUCAAGAUUCCUCUAUCCUGUCGUUUUGAACAUCAUGAUGCGAGGAAGAAGAAGAAGAGCAGAAAAUUUCAUGGCAAUAAGACGUCGAGGAGGAGGAAGAAGAAGAAGGAUGAUGUAAAAUGGGGUGUUGUUGUGUUGAUCUCCGGAUGCACUUGUAGUGAGUGGCUUUGGGGUGGAGUACGAUGAGAGUCGUCGUAAAUUUGGGCACUGGUGAUUUGACCGAGCUGAGGCUGAGGCUGAGCAGUUUACCCCACGCGUUAAAAGGAUUUAAUGGCAAGGAGACCGUUCUCAUAAGAACGGAUCGAGGUUGAGAUCGAUCGAGACUCCGAUCAGGCUUUCCAAAAGGCGUGUUCAUUAUAUCUCUCAUGCUCUACGGCGCAGCAACUCUUUGCACCAUAAGUACCGAGGCAUGAUUGAUGUGCAUAGACGAGGAACGAGGGAAGGGACGAAGGGACGACGACGGACACUGUUUUAUGCUUCCACGGCUUCGUCCACCGACCACAACCCGUGACCUCCAUCUCGGAGGGCCUUGAACACAAUCCCGAGGCCUCGAUAUGUUCGCAACGGAAGAAGACGGGUGGGCAUUUAUGCUCAGGUCAGGCCGGAGGCCCCAUGGCAACUCGUGAGGGUCGGGGCACGGAGCAAAUGAUCCCUCGGUCGAACUCGAGUGGGCAUUAGUGAGCUCUUCUGCGAAACACGUUUUCUUUCCACCUGGAGAAUUGUUCUGGAAUCAGUGGCCCUGCCUGCUUAUGAUAAAGCGGCACAUGCACCGGUGACUAGCGCGGAGAUAUUGCUGGACACUGUGAGUAUGUUCCUCUAUCCUCGAGCACGGGCGAUGUCGGGCAUAAAUCCAUCAUAAACUCAAAUGUGGGAUCUGCCUGCAAUGUAAUGCACCGAGGCAACAUGCAAGAAGCAGGGGUCUGGCAGUAGGAGUAGUACGUACUCUCGUGGAAUGCAGGAGAAAUUUGGGAGAGAUGACAUUGCCAGGUAGAGCAUGGUAGCGCUGUGCAGCGCAGGGCAUGGCAGGGCAGUGCAGGGCAGGGCUGCUGGAGUCUGUCGGAGACGAGCAGAGCUGGUCUGCCAAGUUUAUCAAGAAGCCGCUGUGCUGUGUCGCCAACGCCAAAAGGUCUGCGCACUCUGCUGUCUGGCAGUCAGAAUCUUUUGCCGCAGAAGAUCUUACUUACUGUGCGAGUCUUCGUGAUCAUAAUGAUCACGAUCGACCCGUGCGUGAGCAUGACCUGGUCUUCCGUGAUUCAUUCGUCCCACUUCCACGGUCUCCACUUCCAUCCAUUCCCUCCUCCUCACAUCCAAUCGUGUUGACCCUCCAUCCCUGCCUUCCUUUCUUCCUUCGUCCCUCCGCCCCCACCUGCUUCCCAUCCUUUCCGAUCCAGUUCAUUCCAUUCCCUUACCUUCCCUUCCUUAUCCAGCUUCCGAGACUGUUCUGCUUUCCAGCCACCACAGCUCACUCGAUUCCCAAGAUUGCUUGAGACACUCUUGGGGAUUGGAGUUUGUUCUGCAAAGCAGUUCAGUGCACAUGGAUGUGGUCUAACCUGAUGCCAGAAGUGCGGUUUCCGACAUCUUCUACUCUUGGACCUGCGCUCGAGAAGAAUCACACAUCUCGGCGACCUGUGAGAGUGUGGGCUUUAUGCGAGUUGGAAGGUUUACUAUUUUUCUCUUUUGGCACUCAUCCAGUGCUCUGAAACUCCAAACUCGAGCCCAACCGAUUUCGCUUUCCCAAAACAUUUUUCGCGUUCUGCAUAAUUUAGCGUCUAGUACAAGUCGUAGUUGGCAACCUCGCCUCCUCGAUAUUUUAUAUAUUUCACCCUCCACUCGACUUCCAUCAUCGAGAUUCGAUGCGUACAUCGUUUCCAGCUCUCAACCACUUUUUCUGUAUCGUUUGUCGUAAGUUUCUUCGUGCAUACAUACAACCAUAAUUUGGACGAGCAUGAAACAGUACCUUUAUUUUUUUGGGCUGGUAGGAGAUUCCCCUCUACUUGCCAUGAGUCCGAUUCUACAGCGCGAGUUAAGGUUGUGUACGAGUUCUAGUGAAGGUUUUCUUUUCUCAUAUUAUUCGUCCGAGUUUGCCACUUCAAGAUUUUGAAUGUGCCUUCCUAGAUUAUGUUAUCGACUCCUCAUUCAUUCUCGUAGAUCUUUCUUCGAAUGCAUGAUCGACUAUAUCAAGAAGAAACAGGUCUGACGUAAGGAACUAAAAAUGUACAGACGUAAAGAUAAAGUUCGGGAGGUGACCGGCUUUGCUCAGUGCUCAUGCAAAUUUUUGUUUUGUUCACGGAUAAAUGCUUUAUCCAGCAGCUCUUAAUGGCAAAAAGAGACAGAAAGCAAAAGAGACGGGAUCUACCGUUGUGAAUUAAUUCAUCGAUGUUCCAGUGCAACUCUUCCUGUCUUUGUCCUGUUCUUUGUGCACAAAUCUGGUUGUUCCAGUUCAGCACAAUAACAUACCGACAGUUCUCCCGACUUGACCUCCAGUCUUUUGCCUCUCACAGCGAACUUGAUCACACUGCGGGCUUUAAAUGCAACUUUCCCUCCUUGUCGUAUAUGUAGAGCCAACGGUGGCUGCUCGUGCAGUUGACCAGAUCUGAAGUACUGAAGUGGCCUUUGUGGAACAAAACUUCACUCUCGAUCUGCAUUCUGUAAUUGCG